UACACCCUCCACUUUUAUAAAUAGAUAAUUGAAGAUCGUACAAAAUGUGUGGCAAUCAUGAAUAAUCCACAAUUUAGAUUGAUUUUCAUUUUGCUUAUUCUUCUUUCUUCUCAAAUGGUGAUAGAAACAUAAGGAAGUGAAUUCAGUGAUGAUGAAUGCAAACAGAUUUGUAUUGAUAGAGGUUUUUUAGAUGGUAGAUCCUCCCCACAUUCUGAUCAUUGCCUCUGCCUCAUGCGUUUUAUUAUUAGAUGAACAUGCAAAUGGACUUGUAUUUUGUUUUUUUUCUUCGUCUUUCCAUUUUGUUUUUUUCCCUAGCUUUGUUAUUAUGUGGAAUACAUAACCCAUAAUUAUAAUCACUUGUGUGUCUUGUUUUACUUCAAUUAAUUUCAAUUUCUAUUUAGUUGCUUAAGCUUUUGUUACAAUUAUCAAGUGAUAUACUUUUUAUUUUGUAAUGUAUUGAAGAGUAAUUCAAUAUUCAGAAGUUGUGAUGUGGGCUGAUCUUCUGAUGGUUACUCAGAAGAUGUCGUUAACCAGAAGAUGUUGUCUGGGUCCCAUUAGCUUAGCUGUUUAGUUGUAAGGGUACUUUAGUAUUUUGUAGUACUGUUUGUACCUUAGACUUAUUCACUAAGUUUACUGAUUUAGGGCUUAUGUGGCAAGAUUCUUUUUUUAUAAAUAGCCUUGUAGUAGCUAUCAUUUAUUAACAACGCAAGUAGAAUACAACAAUUAUUCUCUCAUCUCUUUUGCGCCGUUAUUCUAUUAUUCUCUUUGUCACCAUCUUUAUUCAUUGUGCACCAACAAUUGGUAUCAGAGCUCCGGUUCCAAACACAGGGAAACACGAGUGAACGUGAGUUUGUGUGACUGUGUGAUUGAUUUUGUUUCUGGGAAACAAAGUUGUGUUGAAUCACAUUUUUCUUGAUUGUUUGUGGGUUGGGAAACACUGUGUGAGUGUGAGUGAAAUCUGUUUUUGUCUGCACAAGUUUAAAGAUGAGUGGAAGCAACUUGAAUACCAAACUUCUAGUUCUUGAUGGUAAAAACUGGAAUAGAUGGAUGAUUCAAAUGCGUGUAUUAUUUGGUGCUCAAGAUGUUCUAGAUCUUGUCACUGGAGGAUAUAUUCCAGUUGCAGCGGAUGCAACGGAAGAACAAAGAGAAGCGCAGAGAGAGACGAAGAAGAGAGACCAAAAGGCGUUGUUCUUCAUCCAUCAGUGUGUGGAUGUGAAUGUGUUUGAGAAGAUUGCUGAUUCUAUGACGUCAAAGGAGGCGUGGGAUAUACUGGUCAGAUGUUACGGUGGUGACGUAUCAGUGAAGAAGGUGAAGCUUCAAUCCCUGAGAAAGCAAUAUGAGAAUCUCAACAUGAAGAACAAUGAGAAAGUCUCUGAGUAUAUCUCUAGAGUGAUUGUGAUCACUAAUGAGAUGAAGGCUUGUGGAGAAACUCUUUCUGAACAAGUAAUCAUAGAGAAGAUAUUGAGGUCACUUACUCCUCAAUUUGGAAACCAUGAGAAUAGAAGAGUUGCAAAGCAGUUUAGAAGCACAAGAGUUGCGUCUGACUGAGAGAACUUCUGAGAGAGAAGUUG